CCCAUUGUCGUGGUCAUUGUAGUUGCCGUUGUCGUGGUUGAUUCGUCGUCGCUGUCGGGAGUGCAUUAUCGUCUGCCUGAUUAAAAUUAAAUUCAAUUGCUUUAAAAGGGCUGGCCCCAGUUGUAGCUAGAGGAAAUCAAAAAAUAGCAACAACUAUGUACACUUGCCGUCCGAUGGACAAUGAACUCUUCCGUGUGGAGACUCAACAACAAGCACAACCACAACAUCCUAGUGAUGAGGUCAAAAAGGUAAUUGACUUGUUAAUAUCCUGGAAUCUGAAGCAGCUUUGUCAGAAAUUUCAAGAGGAGGAAAUCAAUGAGGAGGCACUUAGAUGUCUGAAUGCAGCAGAGAUCCGAGAGCUUAUACCCAAAGUCGGACCACGUGCCAUAUUUCGCAGUCAAUUGGAAAAAUGGAAGACCCAAGGACCAACUAAAGUCAUAAGCAGUACAUCAUUGUUUAAUUUUUCACCUGUGAUUAAAGAAGAGUUCGAGGAUACGGAUACCGAAGCAAUUCUAAGCGAAACCGAAGCAGACGAAAUAGAAGAGGAUGAUCUAAAAGAUUUAAGUGAAACUGAAACGGAAUGGCAACACUUGAAUAUUGCGGAUAUUCUUAUGAAAUCUCCUGAAGGACAACAAGGCAAACGUUUCUAUGAGAAAAAUAACUAUCUAGAUGGUCAUAGUAGACGUUUCUGUGUCCAGGCCAUUUCGAAUGCCAUCAUUGAGCAAAAUAUACAAAUGCCGCCAGAUGGUUUUCUCAAUCUUGCCCAGCAAUUGGUUGAAAUAUUUCCCAACGAACAUCUGGACACAUAUUAUGUGCCACGUAAGGGACCAGCCAAUCCCCGGGGCAUGCUUCAUAAUGGUUAUUUCAAUACAAAACGGCGACUCAAGCAUCAAUUAGAUCAAACCAAAAAAAUGAAAUUGAAUUGUUAAAUACUCUUACUUAGAACUAAAACUGAAAAUACUCGUAA